AUGCCUUUCGUCAAGACGGUCAAGAACGACGCCUACUUCUCGCGAUACCAGGUCAAGUACCGCCGUCGCCGCGAGGGCAAGACCGACUACUACGCCCGCAAGCGUUUGGUCGCCCAGGCCAAGAACAAGUACAACUCGCCCAAGUACCGUCUCGUCGUGCGCAUCACCAACAAGGACAUCAUCUGCCAGAUCGUCUCGGCCAAGCUCCAGGGCGACGUCGUCCUCACCGCCGCUUACGCCCACGAGCUCCCCCGCUACGGCAUCGAGCACGGUCUCACCAACUGGGCCGCCGCUUACGCCACCGGUCUCUUGGUUGCCCGACGAGCCUUGACCAAGCUCGGUUUGGCCGACAAGUACGAGGGUGAGACCGAGCCCACCGGAGAGUUGCAAAUGACCGAGGCCAACGACGACGGACCGCGCCCGUUCAAGUGCUUCCUCGACGUCGGAUUGAAGCGCACCUCGACCGGUGCCCGUGUCUUUGGUGCGCUCAAGGGUGCCUCCGACGGUGGUAUCUUCUUGCCCCACUCGGCGCAGCGAUUCCCCGGAUGGGACUUUGAGGCCAAGGAGUUGGACGCCGAGACCCUUCAACGCUACAUCUACGGUGGUCACGGUGAGUUGGCCGUGUCGGGCGAGCGAGCGAUGACAAGGCAUGUCACUGAUCUCUUUUGCUCCGACUCGUCCUUGCAGUCUCCGAGUUCAUGGAGACGCUCGAGGAGGAAGAUGAGGAGCGAUUCCGAAAGCACUUUUCGUCCUACCUUGCCCGUGCGUUCUGUCUCUCCGCUCCUUUUACGUCACGAACCCUUUUCCUCAUCCCCCACUCUCUGCUCCACAGACGACAUUGGAUCGGACGACAUUGAGGAUAUUUACAGGUCCGCGCACGAGAAGAUCCGCGAAUCGCCCGAGGCCCAGAUCACGGACAAGGCCGAUUUGGCCAAGUGGAAGGAGGCGUCGAGGAAGACGCACCCCAAGAAGUUGACGCUGCAGCAACGCCGCGAGCGCAUCCAGGAGAAGAAGGACGCCUGGCUCGCGAGCCGUGGCAACGACGACGAGUAA